AUGAGUCAAAAACGAAAGAAACCUGAAGUUGGUACUAGUAGUACUCUUCUUAAGUAUGUUAGUAUUAAACCAAAAAUGUCAACUAUCAAUGAACCAUCCAGUCCUCAAAAACUUUUUGCUUCACCGUCACAGUCAACAUAUGAUAUUGUUGGUAAUUAUCAAAAUUUGUCUUCUUUCGAUAUAUCAUUAUUUGUAAAUAAAAAACUCGACGAUAAACAAAAAAUUUAA